AUGAAAAAUCUGGUUCGACUAUUGUUGCUCCUACUCGGUAGUUCCAUAGCAGGUUUUUUCGGACGUUUUCUAGGAUCAGAAGGAAGCGCUAUUCUGACCACUACGUGCGUUUCAUUCUUCGCACUGGUGGGCUUCCUAUUUUUAUUUCGAAUUUAUUACUUUUGUUUGAAAGGACCACUGAGGGGGAUUCUCAAUCUCUUCUUGGUCUUUUUCAUCGCCGUGGUAAUAUCUUUGAUACAGAUCAAAGUCAUCCACCUAGUGAGUCCGGCUUUGCCCCUGUUGGAGCCCAUUAUAUGGGCUGCAGUAGGAGGGAGAGCACUUCCUUCUACGGGCGCUAACGGGGCGGAGAGGGACACCAUGUGGGAGGAGGAUUCCUUUGAACUUUGAGUUCUCGAGGAAUCAUUCUCGGACUCCCCCCCGGCAGAGGAGUCCCAGACGGAAGAGGGUUCACCCUCGGUAAAUGAGCUUCCUCCCCAGGAAGUUGGGCCAUCUGUCCCCUAUCAGGACCAGGGCCUACCUACGGAUAGGAAUGGUAACCCGAUGGAUCUUAAUGCUCGGCCCUCCCUCUCGUCGUUGUACAACGAAAUAGAGAGUUCCGACUCUUAACGAGCGUGGAAUCUCCAAUUGGCGGACGAUCUGGAGCAAAUUCAUGAAAUGGAACGGAACCUCCAGAACGAGAGGGAUCCCUACCGUUGUCGGGAAGUAGCCGCGCGCAUAGAUCAGGAUGUGCGCGAGCUGGAGCGACAAAUUUCCCUCUGUCAAACCCGAGAUGCAGUUCGGGAUGAUCAACUGGACGUAUGGAUGGAGGGGCUUUAUGAGGAAUUAGCAACGCAUGGGGAGAAACAGGCCCGCCUUACGUUACUAAAUUCGUGGCUCAAGGUGAUCAUCCAUACACGGAAUCACCAACCCCCAAAAAACUAAAGCUUUCGUUCUCUUCUUUUUUUUUACUUGAUUGGCAGGUGUACAACAACCUUAACCGCGCAAGCCUGGGCUGGGCCUACCUCCAUCCUUAGAGGAGCCAUAUGAGGUGGAAGCCCCACGUACGGUUUUGAAGCCGAGCCUUUCCAGCAAUGGGGCUUAGGGACC